AUCAUAACAAGUUAGCGCACUAUCGCUGACGAGUUUCAAAAUGGCUAACGCUUGUAUACUGUUAUUAUGCGUGAUAGUCGGAUCCGUUGUUUUCGUUCUGAAAAGAAUUUGGGACCAUUUGACGAGAGUCCCCUCGGUUCCAAAAUUGCAGAAUACAUGGUGGGGCCCUGAUGAACCCACGGAAGGGGAUUCAGAAAUCAGACCAUUCAGAAUAAGCAUUUCUGAAAAUGUACUCAGUGAUCUUCGACAUAGAUUAAAAAAUUCAAGGCCUCUAAAGCCACCUCUCGAGGGCACGAAACACGAGUAUGGAAUAAAUCCGAAAUUGACCAAAGAAAUUGUAGAUUAUUGGGCAGAAAAGUAUGAUUGGAGGAAAAGGGAACUUUACCUGAACCAGAUGCCUCAGUUUAAAACGAAAAUUCAAGGCUUGGAUAUCCAUUUCAUACACGUAAUACCGAAGGUACCUGAGGGUCAUAGAAUAUUUCCACUCUUGCUUUUGCAUGGAUGGCCUGGGUCAUUCAGGGAAUUCUACGAGAUUAUACCACUACUCACCAGCCCAAAAGAGGGUAGAGAUUUCGUUUUCGAAGUCAUUGUUCCAUCUUUACCAGGAUAUGGAUUUUCGGAUCCAGCCGUUCGUUCUGGAAUGGGAGCACCCCAGAUGGCCGUCGUGUUAAAAAAUUUGAUGUUGAAACUGGAUAGGAAAAAAUUCUUCAUUCAAGCUGGAGAUUGGGGAUCAGUUAUCAUGUCGAAUAUGGCCAUAAUGUUCCCAGAACACGUCAUUGCCGUUCAUAAUAAUUUCUGUUUGGACUUUUCUGUGAAAGCUACGCUUAAGAGGGUACUUUAUGGUUUCUGGCCUUCUCUGGUCGUUGACGAGAAAUACAAACGCUUGGUAUACCCAACGACAACAUUUUUCUCUAAUCUCAUCGGAGCAACCGGUUAUUAUCAUAUUCAAGCAACAAAGCCUGAAACUAUAGGGGCAGCCCUAAGCGAUUCGCCAAUGGGGUUGGCUGCUUACAUUCUCGAGAAAUUCAUUGAUGAAAAUGGCGACCUCACGAAGAAGUUUACAAUGGAAAGUCUUUUGGAUAACGUAAUGAUAUAUUGGGUUACCAACUCCAUGACUACUGCAAUCAGAUUAUACGCUCAAACUUAUCAUAAAAACGUUUCUUCGUUACAUAUUGAUAGGAUCCCUAUUCCCGUGCCUACUGGUUAUGCGAGAUUUGUUAAUGAUGCUGUUUAUUCUCCUGAGGCUCUGCUAAAGGACAAAUAUCCUAAUUUGAUCCACGUAUCUGACCUAAAUGGAGGUCAUUUUGCAGCUAUGGAGUGCCCCCAGACACUGGCAUCAGAUUUGUUUGAUUUCACCGAAAAGGUGUUGAGUCUGAAUGAAAAUGUAUUAUCUAGUUAAAGUUGUGCUUUGUUGAAAUAAAUGAAUGUUGAAGUGGA